AUGCGAGCAUUGAUUUGCGUAGUUUUCUUACUGCUUCUGGGCACCACUGUGUUUUGUGACAAAACAGUUAGCAUUCAAACGAUUUACGGGCAAAUUGAUGGAUUCGAACAUCAGACAAGUGAUGGUCACAUAGCCAAUGUGUUUCUGGGCAUACCGUUUGCAAAACCUCCGAUUGGUGAGCUGCGAUUCGAAAAACCAGAAGUACCUGAACCUUGGAAGGAACCGUUAGAUGCAACCAAGUUCGCACCUGCUUGUACGCCACAUCACAGAUCUGGUAUACCUGGUGAACAUUCUGAGGAUUGCCUUUAUUUGAAUAUCAUCACGCCAAGCGAAGAGAGUAAACAUCCGGCUGGUCACGCCGUUAUGGUGUGGGUACAUGGAGGCGGUUUUUGUCUUGGAACAGCACAAACGUAUGGGUACAAAAACAUUACCGAGAAUUUUGCAACGAGAGAUGUGAUCGUGGUCACAAUUCAGUACAGACUUGGACCAUACGGUUGGGUAUCGACUGGUGAUUCCGUACUACCAGGUAAUUUGGGCUAUUGGGAUCAAAGGGCGGCUCUUCGAUUCGUGAAAGAGAAUAUCGCCAGUUUUGGUGGUGACCCGAAUCGCGUAACGAUAUUCGGAUUGAGUGCGGGAGGUGGAUCGGUCAGUUCGCUAUCGCUUUCACCAUACACGAGAGAUCUAUUCACGCAAACAAUCGAAAUGAGUGGAUCAGCAUUUUCGCCAUGGGCAGCAAGCGAUUCGAUAGUGAAGAAUACCAUUGAGCUGGCGUUGGAACUGGAGUGUCCGAUUGCGGAUUCGAAUGAGAUGAAGCAAUGUUUCAAAUCGAAAACACCUGAGCAAUUCUUUGACGCUGUCGACGCAACUGGUGCAGCUCAGCGUGCGAUUAACAUUCUCAAGUUUGGACCGUGGAUUGAUGGAGAUUUUUUCCCUGAAUAUUUCGAUAAACUGGUCGUACAAUCACCGAAAAAACGAACAAUCAUCGGAUUAGUGAAUAAAGAGAGUGCAUUUUUCACGACGGAAGGUAAUUUGAAGCCAAUCAAUCAGAUACGGAUUCCACCUGAGAAGUAUGAAGAAUUCGGGAAGGACGACUUGAUUGACAUCAUUAAUAACAUCGUUGCACCUGAGGAAGCAUUCCACCAGCAAACCGACGAAGUCCGCAACAAACUCAUCGAUCACUACGUGAAGCGUGGCCAACCUGAUAAUGAUCACGAUUAUAAAUUCUAUCUUGACAGAUACACAGAGCUAUUCUCGGAUAUUCUGUUCGUUAUCCCAUGUCUACGGAUGAAAGCAGCAAAAGUGGCGGACGGUUGGCCAGUCUAUUUCUAUUUCAACGAUCACCACAAUGUGGGUGCAUUCAGCGAGAACGCGCCUGUGAAAGGUGCAACUCACCUACAUGAAUAUCCAUACUUAUUUGGUGUUUCUCCAUACUACGACUUCGUGGUGAAUGACGAUGAGUUGAAAGUGAAAAGAGCUAUAUUGGAAACAUUCACUCAUUUUGCAAAAUAUGGGACGCCUAGUACGAAGGAAUAUCCAUGGGAAGCGGUCAGUGCAGAACAUCCGUUGAGGCAUAUGCAUUUCAAUGUGGAAUCGAAGAUGGACGAUGGCGUUUUCAAAGAGAAUCUCGCGUUUUGGGAAUCGAUGCAAGCCUACGAUUUUGAUAUCAUUCGUGGUAGUCUCAGGAAUCAUCUGGCGGAAAAAGAUGAACUUUAG